GUUCUUUGGAGACCGUUUCGUCCUAAAUCGCCCACUUCACGACACUCGAAUACAUUGUUUCCCUUAUCAAUAAGCCAUUAUCGAAAGUGAAAAUUUUACGUUUCCUCACACUUUGGAAACGUCUCUAUUUGCAUUCCAUGAAGUGAAGAUGAAGAAGUUUUGGUACCAAUCUCAGAAUGACAAUUGCCCUUAUUACGCUCGUAGGGCUCUCAUGGGCUACAUGUAUCCAGGUCUGUGAUUCCUUAUUGCACACCAACAGUUCAGACCAUCGAACUGCAGCUUUCAUUAACGGUGACUUUAUUGUGGGAGCACUGUUUCCCAUCCACCACCAACCCCCUUCCGAAAUGAAAAGAUUGACGUCAAGUAUUCGAUGUGGGACUGUUAGAGAACAGUAUGGAAUACAACGGGUCGAGGCAACCUUUCAUACAAUCGACGAAAUCAAUAAAAACAGCAUACUUCUUCCAAAUAUGACGCUUGGAGUCGAAAUAAGAGACGAAUGUUGGUAUGCUCCCGUUGCCCUGCAAGAGAGCAUAGAACUGAUAAAAGACGCCCUGAAUCCUUCGGUCUACAAUCUCGUUUCGUGCGGGUCGAAAACCGAGAGUGCCGUAAGUUCGGAACGUCGAGGGACUUUGAUAGGCGUCAUAGGACCUGGCGCUAGUUCCGUAACGCUCCAAGUCCAGAAUUUAUUGCAGUUAUUCCAGAUACCGCAGGUCGGUUAUUCCAGCACAUCCAGCGACUUGUCUGAUAAGAGCCGCUUCAGUUUCUUCAUGAGAGUCGUGCCCAGCGAUUACCACCAGGCUCAGCUUAUGCUCGAUAUCGUGAAAUAUUAUAAUUGGUCCUAUGUCUCCAUCGUCAACACGAACGAAAAUUAUGGGCAAUCCGGAAUUCAAGCGUUCAGGGAAGUGGCUGAACUGGCAGACGUUUGUAUUGCCCAGGAAAAUUCAAUUUUGAGCGGAGCGACUCAUGAUGCUUUUGAUAAGGUGAUCUUAAACCUAAAAAGGGACGACAAAGCUAGAGUUGUUGUCUGCUUUUGCGAAGGACUUACAAUAAGGGGACUUUUGAUGGCCACUAGACGGUUGAAUCUCACUAAUCAUUUCCUUUUUAUUGGAAGCGAUGGUUGGGCAGAUAGGAAUGACGUUACCGAGGGCUACGAGGCUGAAGCAUGGGGUAGUAUCUCCAUACGCAUCUACUCCCCUUAUGUAAAAGAAUUUGACGAUUACUAUCUGUCUCUAAGACCGAACACAAACACGAGGAAUCCCUGGUUUAAGGAGCUUUGGGAAACCCACUUUGGAUGUCGUGUGGACGAUGACGCAGAACCCAACAAAAGACUCGCCCACUACAAAAGUUCUAUUACCGAUCCGAACAACAAAAUUAACAAAACCCUGCCGCGAUGUACAGGAAACGAAACAUUGGAGAAGGAAUAUCGGCAAGAUCCGAAACUAAGUUUUGUAAUAAAAGCAAUCUACACCUUCGCGAACGCUUUGCACAACAUGUACAUGAAUGUGUGUGGUCCUAGUCCCACCCUCGAAUGUGGAAAAUCCCUAACAAUCAACGGUUCAGAAUUUAAGAACUACCUUACAAAUGUGUCAUUUACAUACAAAGACACGCACGUGGAAUUUGACGAAAAUGGUGACCCUCCGGCUAAGUACGACAUAUUAAAUUUUCAAAAAACAAAAGAUGGAAAAUACGACUAUGUACCGGUUGGUGAAUGGUACAAUGGUACCCUGACAUGGAUAGGAGAAUUUCAAUUUGGACCAUACAAUCAAACAGUAAAAUCGGUUUGUUCUGAUCCAUGUCCUUUAGGACAUGCCAAGCGAGCACAACAAAGUGGGAAGGACAAAAAGUGUUGUUGGGUAUGCCAGGAAUGUUCCCCAAAUGAAAUUGUAACUGAAAAAGAAACUUGCGAACUCUGUCCUCAAGGUUCCAAGGCCGAUCCUUUACAGAAAAGAUGCAUCGAAUUGCUGGAGACAUUUGUAACAUGGUAUGAUAUGGAGGGUAUAGUAUCAUUGUUCAUGGCCAGUUGGGGGUUGAUCCUAACAACAGCCACCCUCUCAAUUUUCAUAAAAUACAGGGACACCCCGGUGGUUAAAUCAUCCACCAAAGAGCUGUCGUAUAUUAUUUUGGUCGGAAUGAUUAUAAGUUACCUUGCAAUCCUCCCGAUACUCGCAAAACCAUCACAAGUAACAUGCAGCCUUGGAAUUUUCGUACCUGGUGUUAGUUUUGGCAUGAUAUAUUCAGCCCUGUUGACCAAAACUAACAGGAUUUCGAGAAUUUUGGCGGGAUCUAAAAAGAAAAUUCCCACUAGAAAACCGCUCUUCAUGUCAGCUACUGCCCAGGUCAUCAUUACCGUAAUACUUAUAAUGAUAGAGGCCAUGGUAUGUGGUGCCAUUCUUUUGUACGAAUCGCCAACGACCACAUACCGCUACAAACCCGAUCAAAAGAUUCUGGAAUGCAGUGCAGGAAGAUUGGGAGUUCUUGGUCCUCUAAUUUUCGACUUCUUCCUCAUUUUCAUGUGCACCUGUUACGCCGUAAAGACCAGGAACGUGCCAGAGAAUUUCAACGAAGCAAAAUUUAUCGGGUUUGCCAUGUACACCACCUGCGUGAUAUGGCUCUCGUUCAUAGCCCUCUAUUUUGGAAGUCAGGCCAAAGUGAUCACUCACUGUUUGAGUAUUGUUUUGAGUUCGAUAGUUGCGUGGACGUUCCUUUUUGCUCCGAAACUGUAUAUCAUCAUUUUCAGGCCGGAAAAGAACAACAGGGCCUUUUUUACCACGAGUAAGAACAUCCGGUGCCAUAUUGGUUGUAGAGUUUCGUCCGCCAUAUCGGAAAAGAGUUCUUUGAAAAGUUGGAGGGAAAGUUGUUUCAGUUGCAAAGAAGCCAGGAAUGUACCGGAAAAAAGAACGUUGUCAUGCCAAACGGGAUCGGAGCUUUUGGAAAUUUUGCUCAAUCCGCUAUUUCUAGAGGAACGUAAUUCGCUCAUUGUCAAUUCGACCGGUCCGAGAAUUACCGAGAGAGAUUGCUGCGAUUGCGAACAUGAUGGCUGCCAAAUUAAAAAGAUUACAAUCAAAUUGCCAAAUAAUUCCGAAUAUAAAAUGUAGACUGUAAUUAUCUAUACGUAUAAUUGUGAUUUUAUAGAAAGUCAAUUUGGUAGUGACAACAGAGAUAUCUACCUAAUUUGUAACAUACACAUUUAUCCAUUUUCGAAUUCUGCAGAAGGAAUUAAAGAUUCAUUCCAAUUCCGUUUCGUCCCUAUUCGAAAUGUAUGGAUUAUAAUAAGGCAAAAUAAUCGACCUCAAGGAGUGACUAGCUAGAGGGGAUUUUUCGUCCUUAGGAAUUUCCUCAUAGAAAGUUUGUAGUGGCGUAAUGGAGUACCAGUAAGUUGAGAAUAAAUGAGUUUUUUAAUGUGGUCUACAACGCGUAUCAUAUGUUUAACCUUUGAUGUAAGUCCGUUAUAAUCUGUCUAUAACGAGACUAUUAAAGAUGAAUGACUACCUACAGUGUAAAGAUUCCUUCCUUGUCUAAAAACCCAUUGGGACAGGCUGUAUAAUAUUUUCUAGUCAAUACAUGCCUAUUGUUUCCAAAA